ACAAGAUGAAUCAAGGAGUAAGUCAAUCUCUGCUAAGCAGCUGGACUCCAUUUUUAAGGAACUUGUGGACAUAAUACUCUUUCUGAUGAAAAAAGAGCUAAAGAGGUACAAGAAACUACUAAGUCCAGAUGACCCAGCAUGCUCUGAGGAAGAAGAGGAGGAUGAAGGUCAGAGAGGAGUCAGAGAAGGGCUUUUGAAAAUAACACUGAAUGUCCUGAGAAUGAUGAAGCAGACAAACCUCGCUAAUACCUUACAGACUGAACUUGCCCCUACGUAUGUGAAACAGCACCAAUCCAGAAUAAAGGAGAAAUGUCAGACCAUUCAUGAAGGAAUCUCAAAUCCAGGAAGCUUAACACCUCUGCGUGAGAUCUACACAGAGCUUUACAUGACAAAGGGAGGAAGUGGAGAGAUCAAUACUGAACAUGAGGUAAGACAGAUUGAGACAUCAUCCAGGAGUGCAGAAAUACAAGAAACACCAAUCAAGUGCAACGACAUCUUUAAAUACUCACCUGAACAAAACAAACCCAUCAGAUGUGUGCUGACGAAAGGAAUUUCUGGAAUUGGUAAAACAGUCUCUGUGCAGAAGUUCAUUCUGGAUUGGGCUGAUGGAAAGGCAAAUCAGGAUGUUCACUUAAUAUUUCCACUUCCUUUUAGAGAACUGAACUUGAUAAAGGACAAAAAUUUCAGUUUGUUGGAGCUUCUUUGUCAUUUUUUCACAGACAUUAAAAAAAUGAGAUUAACAGACCUUGAUGACUUCAAGAUUCUGUUCAUCUUUGAUGGUCUGGCUGAGUGUCGCCUUCCUCUGGAUUUCCAAAACAAUCAAAGUUUUUCUGAUGUUACAGAAUCAGCAUCUGUGGAUGUGAUGCUUACAAACCUCAUCAAGGGGAAUCUGCUUCCUUCUGCUCUGAUCUGGAUAACCUCUCAACCAGCAGCAGCCAAUCAGAUUCCUCCUGAGUGUAUUGACCAGGUCACAGAUGUACGAGGGUUCAAUGAUGCUCAGAAGGAUGAGUAUUUCAGGAAGAAAAUUAAUGAUCAGAGUCUGGCCAGUAAAAUCAUCACGCACAUCAAAUCAUCAAGAAGUUUGUACAUCAUGUGUCACAUCCCAGUCUUCUGCUGGAUUUCAGCCACUGUUCUAGAGAGAAUGCUGAGUGAAGCAGAAACUGCAGAGAUCCCCAAAACUCUCACUCAAAUGUUCACACACUUCCUGAUCAUUCAGAUAAAACUUAAAUUUCAAAAAUAUGAUGGAAAAUCUAAGGUGGAUCCUCAGCAGGCUAGCGAAAGUAUUCGGUCAUUGGGAAAGUUGGCUUUUGAACAACUGGAGAAAGGAAACCUGAUCUUCUAUGAGAAGGACUUGAUAGAGUGUGGCAUUGAUGUCAGAGAAGCUUCAGUGUAUUCAGGAGUGUGUACCCAAAUAUUCAGAGAGGGCUCUGGGCUUUACCUGGGUAAGAUGUAUAGCUUUGUACAUUUGAGCAUUCAGGAGUUUCUUGCAGCUCUAUAUGUGUUUCUGCUCUUUGUACGCAAAGCCACAAAUCUCUAUAAUUUCUACAAGUCAACAAUUAAUGAUUUUUUAAAGCAAGCCGUUGACAAGGCCUUACAAAGUGAAAACGGACACCUGGACCUUUUCCUCCGCUUUCUUAUGGGCCUUUCAUUGGAGUCCAACCAGACAAUGAUACGAGACCUCUUCACACUGACAGAGAGCAGCUCUCACAGCAGUCAGGACAUAAAUGAGUACAUGAAGCAAAAGAUUAGAGAUAAUCCCAAUACAGAGAAAUCCAUCAAUCUGUUUCACUGUCUGAAUGAACUGAAUGAUCAAUCGCUAGUGCAGGAAGUACAAACAUUCCUAAGCAAAAGAGCUGACAGACGUCUCUCUGGAGUCAAACUGUCUACUUCUCAGUGGUCAGCUCUGGUAUUUGUUUUGCUGUACUCAGAAGAGUUAAAUCAGUUUACACUGAGUAAAUAUAUUCGAUCAGAAGAAUGUCUUCUGAGGCUGCUGCCUGUGGUCAAAGCAUCUACUAAAGCUAAUCUCAGUGGCUGUAAUCUCACAGAGAGAAGCUGUUCAGCUCUGACAUCAGUUCUCAGCUCAACUUCCUCAAAUCUGAGAGAACUAAACUUGAAUCACAAUAAACUUCAAGAUUCUGGAAUGAAGAGGCUUUCUGUUGGACUGGAAAAUCAAAACUGUUAUCUGGAGAAAUUAAUAAUGUCUGACUGUGGUAUUACAGAGGAAGGUUUCUCUGCUCUCGCUUCAGCUCUGAGAUCAAACCCCUCACACUUGAGAGAACUGAAUCUGAACUAUUGUAGCCUAGAAAAUGUAGGAAUGAAGCACUUUGAUGUACUGAUGAAUCCACGCUGUAAACUAGAGAAGCUAGAAUUGUCUGGUUGUAGUAUUGGAGAGGAAGGUUGUCAUGCUUUGGUUUCAGCUCUUAAAUCAAACCCCUCACACCUGAGAGAACUGAAUCUGGGUGCUAAUACACUGGGAGACUCAAUAGUGAAGCUGCUAUCUGAUCUACUUAAGAAUUCAAACUGUAAACUGAAGAAACUACAACUGUAUAACUGCAGUAUUCCAGAUGAAGGUUGUGCUGCUCUGGUUUCGGCUCUGAGAUCAAACCCCUCACACCUGAGGGAUCUUAAUCUGAGUUGUAAUAAACUAGGAGAUUCAGGAGUAAAGCUGCUCUCUGAUUUUCUGAAGGAUCCACACUGUAAACUAGAGAACCUACAACUAAUUAAAUGCAGUAUUACAGAAGAACGCUGUGCUACUUUAGUUUCAGCCCUGAGAUCAAACCCCUCACAUCUGAGAGAACUGAAUCUGAACUAUAAUAACCUGGAAGAUUCAGGAGUGAAGCUGCUCUCCAAAGUACUGGAGGAUUUACACUGUAAACUGGAGAAACUACAACUGUAUAACUGCCAUAUUGGAGCAGAAGGUUGUAGUGCUCUGUUUUCAGCUCUGAAAUCAAACCCCUCACACAUAAGAGAAUUGGAUUUGAGCUGCAAUAAACCAGGAGAUUCAGGAGUGAAGCUGCUUUCCGAUGUACUAAAGGAUCCACACUGUAAACUGGAGAAACUACAUAUUGUGUAACAAGAAGAUACAAGGAGAAACCAAAAUUAAACAGUAAGAGUUGCUUACUGCCACCUAUUGGACAAACACAAGCACUGGAUGAGACUCAUUUUUGUGACAUCAUUGUCAGUCACCCAACACCUACACAGCACUUGCAAUAGAUGAACUUGCAAAGCAGAAUAUCCUCUCUAAUAUACUUCCUCUUCCUACAAUGAACCUUUAUAAAGUUCUUGGCAUUUACAAGCAUAAAGAAUAAAUAGAAAGACUUUCACGCAAUCAUUUGUUCACUAUUCUGUGAUUGUGAUUUUGUGUAAAAACCUGCUUAAAUGUGUGUGAUAAAGCUGUUCAAAUAUUUGAGUUGUAAUAAUAUAAAAAUAUAACCUACUUUUUGUAACUGUAUAUUAAGUACUUUUUGAUUCUUUUAACUAUUCUGCUAUAUAGCAAUACAUAUUUUAAGGCAAGCCAGACAUUCACCAAUGUAUAAUUAAUGUAUAAAAUGUAAUAAAACAAGAAAUAUGACCUUGAAGAGAAACAAAUGCUGACCAGAAAAACCCUAUUGAAGUUGUACUACAUUUUUCAUUACAUGCAAUAAAA